AGAGCAGGAGGGGCACCCGAGUCUGAUGUGUUUUAAUUCACUUAAAAUGUAAAAGCUCUCAAUUAUAUAUAACGGAGGUGCUGCAAUUUACCCUCCCAGUUCCUAAGCAACAGCUAUUUUCAGAUGGAGUGCGUCUGGUGUUGUCUACCUACUCCAUGCGUAUAUGAGGUAAUUCAUCAGUGAAGGCUGACUCCCCACCAUCAUCCCACUCUUCUCCCUUGGCUACUUCCGAUUGAGGGAUCAAGGCUCGCGAACCGAGGAAGAAUUGCGACAAGCAAACAAACAAAACACUAACAAAAAAAAUCAAACUCCAUCAUCUCCAAACUUCGUUGCAACCUCUUUGCAAACGUAAAACUUCUGGGAUCCUUGGAAGUUGAGCAAUGCAAGUUACAGGUUUGGAAGUAACAUCUUUGCCAUUGGUUUGAGAUUCUUCAGAGGAAAAGCUACUGUGAGCAAAACCAUGAAACGGAGACCUUUGCUCUUAUUGAAGCGUCGAUGGGAGUCCAUCCCAGUUACCAAACAGUCGUCAGGCACCAGUAUUACAGUUGAUAUUGCUGUCAUGGGAGAGGCACAUGGACUCAUUACAGAUCUUCUGGCAGAUCCUUCCUUACCACCCAAUGUCUGCACCUCCUUGAGAGCAGUGAGCAACCUGCUUAACACACAAUUAACUUUCCAAGCUAUUCAUAAGCCAAGGGUGAACCCACUGGCAUCCUUCAGUGAGAACUAUAGCUGCUCUGACUCAGAGGAAUGCUCAGAAAAGGGAGAGAAGCUAAAGCGCAUCCGGAAAAAUCUGCCACCAGGCCUUCUACGCCGAGUGUCAUCUACUUGGACAACAACCACAUCUGCCACUGGUUUACCCACUUUGGAGCCAGCACCAGUGAGAAGAGACCGUAGUGCUAGCAUCAAACUUCAUGAUACGUCAUCAUCCAGCUCUGAUUCUUGGAACAACCCCCUCCUGAUGUCAAUCACCAAAAGCAGGUCUUUUUCUGCCUCCUAUGCAAUGUCUGCUGCCAACCAUCUGAACUCCAAAAGGCCUAACCGACAAGGCAUCCCACCAAAUAUUUCACCUCUCACUUCCCCAAGCCAUUCUCCCAUCCACGGUACUCCAGCCAACAGUCCCACGAGCAAGACCUCCAAUGAACAAUUCCCAGAAUCAACCGUCACUGCCUCUAAGCAGACCAUCAAGUCCCACAAGGUUUUAGGGUGCACUCAGAGCGCGCCUGCAAUAGCAGAGCCUGUCCCCCCCUCCCCUGUCAUCUGCAGCAGCUGUGGCAGGCCAUAUAACCAAAUAGAUCCUGGGGAGGGAACAUUAGACAGAAGUGAUGGAACAGCACACACCUUGAACAGAACAGAUGAUCCAGCCCAAGCCACCUCUGACUAUGAAACAAACAACAGCGACAGCAGUGAUAUUGUGCAAAAUGACGAUGAGACAGAUUGCUCUAAGGAGCAGGCACAGAUGGACUCUAACUGCAGAACAUAUACUCCAGAGACGAUCAUAUUGCAUCCCCUGUUACCGCCUGAGGAAAAACCUAUUCUUGCCCCAGAGCCUCUCAUUAUGGACAAUUUGGACCCUCUUAUGGAUCAACUAAAUAAUUGGAAUUUCCCAAUCUUUGAUUUGGUAGACAAGAUAGGCAAGAAAUGUGGCCGGAUCCUAAGCCAGGUAUCCUAUAGGCUCUUUGAGGACAUGGGGCUGUUUGAAACCUUUAAAAUCCCUGUGAAAGAGUUCAUGAACUACUUCCAUGCUUUGGAGUGUGGAUACCGAGAUAUACCUUAUCACAACAGGAUCCAUGCCACUGAUGUCCUUCAUGCUGUUUGGUAUCUGUCAACCCAGUCUAUACCAGGCCUCCCAACUGUGAUUAAUGACCACGGGUCAGCAAGUGAUUCAGAUUCUGAUAGUGGGAUCACUCACGGCCACAUGGGAUAUGUAUUGUCGAAAACGUAUGCACCAGCGGAUGACACAUAUGGCUGCUUGGCUGGCAACAUCCCUGCCCUUGAACUGAUGGCUCUUUAUGUAGCUGCCGCCAUGCAUGAUUAUGAUCAUCCAGGAAGAACCAAUGCCUUUUUGGUUGCAACCAGCGCUCCUCAGGCUGUAUUAUAUAAUGACCGCUCUGUUCUGGAGAACCAUCAUGCAGCGGCUGCAUGGAACCUCUUCAUGUCCAGGUCAGAAUAUAACUUCUUAGUCAACCUCGAUCAUGUGGAAUUCAAGCACUUUCGCUUCCUAGUUAUUGAAGCAAUAUUGGCCACUGAUCUGAAGAAGCACUUUGACUUUGUUGCCAAAUUCAAUUCCAAGGUGAAUGAUGAUGUUGGCAUUGACUGGACGAAUGAGAAUGACCGCUUGCUGGUUUGUCAAAUGUGCAUCAAACUGGCUGACAUAAAUGGCCCAGCAAAACAUAAAGACUUGCAUCUACGAUGGACAGAAGGCAUUGUUAACGAAUUUUAUGAACAGGGUGAUGAAGAAGCCAGCUUAGGCCUCCCGAUUAGCCCAUUCAUGGAUCGUUCUGCUCCUCAGUUGGCAAACCUACAGGAAUCCUUCAUCACUCACAUUGUGGGGCCGCUGUGCAAUUCCUACGACUCGGCAGGACUGAUGCCAGGGAAAUGGGUUGAAGACAAUGAUGAUUUGGGAGAUACAGAUGAACCAGACGAAGAAGAUUCAGCAGAUAUGGACACCUGUGAAAAUCCAGAGUCAAGGAAGAAGAGGAGGAAAAUCUUCUGCCAGAUAACUCAGCACCUGCUUGAGAACCAUCAGAUGUGGAAGAAAGUCACAGAGGAAGAAGAAAGGAAAGCCGGGAUAGAAAAGCAAGCUCUGGAGCAACCAGCAACGUUGCACCCAUCCUCUGAACAAAUUGAGGCAAUUAAAGAGGAGGAGGAAGACAACAAAGGGAAGAUGAAGUCGGAAGAGGACAGCACAAUUCCAGAAACGAACCAGUGACAAUGAUAGGAUUCCGAGCAGUAUUUGAAGACAAGGAUGACUUGCAUACCAGUUCCUUUUACAAGCCAGCACAACAUUUUAGACACAACACUGUAGAAAUAUGGGGGGAUGCACCUACAGCUAUUUAGGUUGUUUCUCUUUCCUUUUUUUUAAAAAAAGAGUGGGGUUCAUUGUUUAAACUCCUCUGCUCAACAGAAGCUUUCACACUGCAACACCGACUUUUACAGACUUUCGUAUGGGGUGGGGAAUUAUAAAUAUAUAUAAUUAUAUAUAUAUAUAUUAUAUAUAAAAUAUUAGCCUGAUUUUAUCAGCUGCAUAUUUCUUUGGUUUUUUAAAAUGAUAUAUUAUGGUAACUGUGACAUUAAAAGAAAAGGGAGAAAUCUCAAAA